AUGCUCAGCCCAACUCCUCAAUCAAAAGCACAUCUCGAAGCAGCAAAAUGGCUGUCUAUGUCUAGCUAUCACUCGAAGAUAGAAGCCGAUCCCUUCUGGCUACACCGGCUGUUGUUCACGGCAUAUUUCCCCGCAUGGAGAAAGUACAUUACGACGAUUGAGAACCGAUUCUUGCCUGUUGCAAAGGACGCACUAGCAACUUUUAUCGAAGAGCCGUUGGGACUGGGACAUGACACCCUGACUACGUUGAACAGCCUAGAAACUCGUUUCCGUCAAGUCCCAGCUAUCCUUGCGUCGACGAUGGACCUUCUCCAAGACUUAUGUGCACUUAUUAGCUCGAAGUCAGAGACUGAAGAAACGAAAUACGGCAUUAACUGUCUCAAAAACCAGACUCGAUACUGCAAGAUCUAUUCUCAAUCUGCAACGUAUCUGCAGCAACGAGCACAGAGUGUCGCCAAGCUGCUAUCUGACACCUUAUUGAUGCGGGAUCAGCUUUUGGCACAGGAGCAAAACAAAAAUAUUCUCGAAUUGAACAAAUCAGCCGUGUUUAUUACCAGGCUGACUUUGUUUUACCUCCCAACGUCAUUCAUUGCAACAUUUUUUGGAAUGAAUUUCUUCGACCUGGAUACAGAGAAUAGCCGUAUAGUUGGCACAUCUAUGAUAUGGAUUUUCUUUCUGUCCUCAUUCGGUCUUACAGCAGUGACAUAUCUCCUUUACUUCUGGCUAAUGCGCCGCGACGGAGCGACGUUCCGUCUACCAAAGAUACGCAUGGUCCCAGCUUGGAAAGUGCAAGAUCUCAAGAGACAGCUUAAAAUUGGAACAAAGGAAGUCAAAGAGUUUCAUGAGGGUGAGGCCUAA